AUGUCCCAUUUCUCAGAACAACCACGACCUACCAUGCGUCGAAAAUCUUCGGCGCAGAACCUCCUAUCUUCUUUCAAAUCAUCAGCAUCGUCCGCACCCGUCAAUAUUGCCUCUUCAUCGGCCGCCUCGUCCUCUGGCGUCCCAUAUUCCCCACCUAAUGGAAACACCCCUGUUUCGACCACACCGCUUGCACGGGAAUGGGACGCUCAGUCCAUGCACUCUGACGGGUUGGGAGGCGCGGGAAGUCCGGCCCUCACGCAGGGAACAUCGGUUGAGUAUCUGAGAGACCUUGUUCAAAAGAGGAUAAUCACGCUCACUUACAUUCGGAAUAUUCAUGAGGGGCGAAGUCACUGGUUUCAUACGAUACUUAUAACUCGUGCAGAGCUCGACAAGGUGUUCAACAACGUUGACAUGAAAAAACGAACGUAUCGUUUCGCCAUCCUCGGUUUAUCACUCUCCAAUCUCCUUGAUAUAAACCAACCGCAAGAUCUGCUUCGUGGGCUCCUCAACACCAUCACUGAAUACGAUCAGGCGAAGGAGGACGGGGAGAAGCCUAAGAUUCGUUUGUUCAAAGCCAAGAACGCGAAAAAAGGCACAUCCGGCAUAGCAGAAUAUACAUAUACAGGAUCACAUGUCGACUCGUCGGAAGCCUCCUACCUCUUCACACCUCAGAUACCGUUUCCAUUAGACUACCAUCAAAGCCUCUUAUCUCUCCUCGACGUCCUAUCCGAAGUGUACAACAAGAUCUCCAAACUCCUUGGCCCCUCCCCCUUCCCCCAUUCCUCCCAACACAUGAUGGGUACCCUGGGUCUGCUCACGCCCCAUCCAGGCGUAUCAUAUCUCUUCUCAGGCGAUUCUAAUACGAACACAAACCAUCACUCCAAUCCAAACCUACUACUGCCACCCCCUGUGCCUGAGAGCGAGAUGAGCGGAAGCUUAUGGGGUAUUGCCAAUGCGAGCGUCACGGCGGGGGCGGGAGCUGGUCACAAUGGUCCGUUCAUGCACGGGAGCGCGCUGGCAAGUCCCCCAGCGUCGGGAUGGACAUCAGGGCUUGGCGAUAUGGUGUUGAAGAUCGACGGGAAACUCAAGAAAAUUACAUCCACUCUGUUAAAAGACCUCGACGCGUUUGCGCGGAACGGAAUAAAAGACGAAUUGGCUUCGCUUGAUCCGCUGCUGCGGAACAUUAAGAUUCCGGACGACACCGGUGCGGGGGGUGGGAAGAUCGUUUAUGAUUUUGAGGGGAUGUGA